AAAUUGCAGAGUUUCAGAAAAUAGUAGGGAGCUUAAUUGAACUCGUUGAUCAACUGGCCAAAGCUGCGGAAAGCGAGAAGAUGAAGGCCAUCGGGGCGCGAAAUUUGCUGAAGUCUAUAGCAAAGCAAAGGGAAGCUCAGGAACAGCAACUUCAGGCUUUAAUAGCCGAGAAGAAGACACAGUUGGAAAGGUACCGAAUAGAGUACGAGACGCUGUGCAAAAUCGAGGCGGACCAGAAUGAAUUCAUCGACCAAUUCAUUUUUCAGAAAUAA